AUGGAAGAGCUAUCCCCCGGCAAUGCUGGCGUUGAUGAGAUCGAGACAGCCUCGAUCACCUCCACCAUCGAGACUGAGAUUGACUCGGAGGAAGAAUGGACUGUUUCAUCUGUUCUCGCGGAACAUGAAGAUGGUGGCAAGUUAUAUUACCUGAUCAGAUGGGAAGGAUAUGAGCUAUUUGAUGCAUCCUGGGAACCGGAGGAAAACCUCAGCGCGAGCCUUCUCACUCAUUGGCAAGAGACCAAGCAGCAAGACAACCAUGAACGAAAGUCAAACCGCAACAUCGGUGCGUGGAGAAAGGCUUCAAUAGAGAGGUUCAGGUCCAAGCUGGCUCGGCACGAAGAACGAAAUCGUAAGCGUCUCGAGAGAGGUCUCGAGCCCACGGUGUAUCCGACCACCUUUGAGGAGCACAUCGAAGCGCUCAAUCUUUGGCCAAUAGGCGAGGAUCCUGAUGAUACAUCGACACCGAGUUCACCUGAGCAAAAGGUCGAUAUCAAGACUGACGAUCAACCCCCUCCUUCGCCUCCCGAGCUGGGCCAAACGGUCACGUCAGCACAACCGGACAAAGAUGACGCAGAUGAUUCUCCAAGAAGAGGUCGCCGAAAACGCACAACUCCUGCUCGAGAGAAGUCGCCUGAACAAGUUGAGCCUGCUUCACCCCCGGCAACAAAAAAGGAUACGCCUCGACGAGCUUCAGGAGAUGGUUUGAGGAGACCUGAUGGACCACGUCGACAAGUCGCCCGUCCAUCAAGCGGCCUGACCAGCAAAUUUGGUCGUCCAAACCCGCCUCGGCGCACCAGUUCUGAGACAAACGGCAAGGAAGUAGUCGUCCGCAAGGCCCAGGCGCCCGACGCCUUCACUGGCAAUGUGUUUUCAGGCGGGAAAGUGAGAAAGCAGCGGACAACUCUGGCCGAUGCUGUUGAAGACCCAACAAAACAACCAAAGAUGCUCAAGCAUCGCUUUACACGAAUACUCGAAAAAAGAAGUCGCGACAAAGACGGCGUAGUGGCACCGCCAAUGCCAGCUGUUCUUUUUUCCCUCAAUCCGAGAGAGAAAAGGCGGUCCGCUCAGAAGCCUCCUGUUGACGAUUCAAACCUGGAUGUUGCUGAGGCAGAGGAGGCAAACUCAGUGGCUCGCAAUGACGACAGUGCUCAACGAGAGGGAGACUCGCCCGCGAGCGACCGGGAGCCUACGAAGCCCAAGAAAAAGAAGAAGUCAAUCAGCUGGGGUCAGGUGGAAGAAACGACCAUUACCCCGGUGGAGGACUUGAUGGACAUUGCCGAAGAGGACCAGAGUCUUUUCUUCCCAGGCCCCCCCUCAACUUCAAGAGUGACAAAGAUGGAGGAGUCUGAGAUGUCGUCACCGCCAAGCCCUCCACCGAGACGUGUUCGCUGGGCCGAGGAGUCGUCUGUCACUAGCAACAACUCGCACCAGGCCCUUUACACCAUCACCAAAGACGUCCAAUUCGGUCCUAGAACCUCGGCGUUGAUUUCUGUCACGUUCAAGGGGCCUCAGCCCAAGCCGGGACAGACUUGGUCCUCUGUCCUGGAAAACGAAUCAAAGCUGGCCUUCACACAUUCCUGCAUGUUGAAAGAUUUCCAGGACUGUAUAACCUCCAUUUCUACCGUGGAGCCAGUCAGUGGCGUCGUGAGUGCAAAUGACGACCCGUCCAGCCUUACAUCAAUAUGUAGUUGGCUACGCGUCAGAUCUAUGGCUGUUCUUUUCCAACAUCCAGACUUGUGUAUCUUGCUACACGCACCAGAGGAUAGCCAGACAAUUCCCUCUAACCAUACGGCACCUGAGUUAAAGUACAUCUUAUUCCGGUCAGCUCCCCAAUGGUUAACAUCGCUUGCCCCAAUCUCGAUCCCGGGCGAAAUCACCUCCAGUGAUGUCCUGCCGCGCAUUGGAGCGACGGUGAUGCACCGACUCUUCAACUUCCAUUACGAGCGGUUGCUGCCAGAGAAUGCCCUCAACAAACCAACCAAGCAUCACUUCUUCCUCGCCUUUCCGCCACAAGCCGACUUAGAAGCGAUGUUCUUGGGUCGUUGGCUCCGAAGCUGUAACCCUGACUGCAGAAUCUUUACAAGUGUCUUUCCUGGACACUGGCUCACCUUUUUGAAGAUGGAGCAUGGAGUGGUCAUCAUUCCCGAGGAAGCGAUAUGGUCUGUCCGGCUCUUCCCCAACCUACACUUCCUUCUUCAUUCCUCGCCCACAAACUUCCAGUUUUGGCUCUUCUCCAAGUCUACACACCCCUCGGCCAUGUUCCCUUCUGGCGGCAAUGCAACCGAGAUCGGGGACAUCAGCCUUCAACCUAUAUGCCCUAACCGGAAAGCCAUCAUGGUUACACCAAGCUUCAUGGUGUCGCAACCCCAGCAAGUGUGGAACUUCUUCAAAUGGUUCUGGAAGGCCUGGAAUCGUGACAACGACGCAGUCCGACUUGUUGUCUGCGCUGGGUUUGACUCUUGGAUCCGCGAUUUGGCCUCGGAAAAGGCCGCCAAGCUGACCAAGCUGUCACGCAACUUGAAACAAAUUCCCGUCAACAGUAAAGAAGGGGUUGAUGCGCUAAACAAGACCUGGUCCAUGGUUUUGGCCCUCAUCGACGGGGCGAGCGAUGAACACCCCCCGUUUAUCUUUGCCCCUGAAUGCAUCGACGGCAACGAUGAACAGAGCUUGGUCAAUUGGUUUGGGUGGUGGUCCAUCAUGAACAUGGAUCGGUUCCGAAAGUUCAGCGUCUUGGGUUCCAGCGAGCCGGACGGUCAAAGGAUGUCUCGUUAUAUCACAAGGCGAAAGUACCUGGCAUCAACAUUUGCCAACCCAGAUGACGUCUAUUCCCUUCUCGACCGGAAGGAUUCAGUGAUAACCACAGCAUCUACUCAGCCCACUGCUGACCAGUCUCGCACGAAAUUGCAGCUCGUUCCUGGCGACGAUGCCCACUCUUUCAAGACGUUUCUGUCGAAACUUGAUGACAAGACUAAGGAGUCUGGUUGGAGCCCACACAUCGUCUUCAGGUUUCCAGUCUCAUACUGGGACUCGGCCAUGGCCUUUGAUUUUGCUGAUUAUCACAACGCCUUUGACCCCUACGGGAAGUGCAUGAGGUUCAUCCGCGACCACAUUUUGGAGUCUGCACACAGGUACCAUAACACCGCUAUGGCUUUAUUCUACACUAUGGAUGGAACCUGGGAUCCCAAGAGAGACCCUAGGGCCAUUGGGAAGACUCGUCGGCCCUGGAUCAUGGUGUACCGGCCUGUCGAACCGCACAGAAAGCCAUGGAAAACUGCUGAGUUACUCAUCUGGGAUCCCGUGAGGAAGGGAAACCUUGCUGAUUCUGACCACGGCGAUAUCUAUGAGGGAGAUCUUAUUCAAGCACAGCGUGAGCUGAUAAACGCCGUGCAAACGGAUCUCACUCCGGUACUACCGUUGGAAAAGGUUUGGGUCGCGGGUCUCAACAGCAAGCCUCCAGGCUUGACCGAACCAGUCGACAUUGCGCUUGACCAAUUCAAGUCAUUCGUGGACAACCUCAAGGUGUUCAUCCCGGCUCCACACCAUACGAUGCCCCAUAGAGGGUGGAGGCUUAUUAAGGCCGGCGACGCGCCUGUCGGUACUCGAACCCUUUCUCCAGAACCAAUGGAUAUUGAUGAGCAAGAAGAAUCAGUCGAGGAGGACCCCGAGAAUGGGCUACUUACAGUCUUUCACCCUCCUCGUGGGAAGCCAAUGAAUAGGCCUACGAAUUGCAAGAAUCGUCUCUACCAGCACACCAUUAGAGAGGGUGAGCGCAGCACCAAGCAAGAGAGGAUAGAGUUCAAAUUUCGUCCCACAAUGGAGUGGUACCACCAGCAGGUGGAGGAGGGGCGCGGCUUUGAACAACUUCAGGUUACACCAUGGGAGGCAGUUUUUAACAAGUACAAGAUCGAUGACCCUAAGAAGGUCUGA